UCCAGACAGAUUUUACAAUUCCUGCGAUUCUUCACAUCCAACGAAUCGAGUUGUAUCUGCUGUAACAAAAUAUGGCCCAUUCGUUUACCAACGAACAGUCAGCCUCGGCGAUUCCUCUUGGUUCCAACAAAGGUGGACCACACGGGCUUGGCGAUCCGGACGAUCGGCGGCUACGAAAAGUUGAAGUGGAAGUUCUAAUCCCUAAGAUAAUGCGUGAACGUGCGAAAACAGAAAAAUGUGUUCCUCAGGUUCAAGCUUUUGAAACGUGCUGCAAAGAUGCGGGACUGUUCAUGAUAGCAAAGUGCCAGCCGCAGAACGAUGCCCUCAAAGCAUGCAGCCUGGAAUGGUACAAGGACGAACAGUUUAAAAAAGAGUGCACGGAAAUCUACUUAGCCGAACGUAGUGAAUUCCGAAGAACAGGAUUACCUAAAAAGUUUAGGAACAAGGCUAAUGCCGAGGGAUAGUUUUGUUUAGCUUUAUUUAUAAACAAGAUGUUGGUAUUGUAAUUGGUGGAUUAUGUCGUUAAUUUUAACCAUUCGAAAACAUUUUAUGUAUUUUCCUCGAGAAACUUUAGAGACAACUUAAUAGAUCUAAGACCAAUACUAACGUUUUUUGCUUUUGGGCCUACGUUUUUGGGUUUUACGAACGUUUAUCUUUUUUGGAAUGUUAUAAAAACCGUACUUUAGCGAAUACCACAGGGAAAGUAUAAUUACAGACGUUGUGGAGGCCAAUAGUAAUAUCACAUCCAACGAAUAGUAAACAAACCAUGAUAAUGCCGCGCCAUAAGACCUUUGUAGUUUCUCUGUGCCAUUUUCAAUUACAUUUAAUAUUGCCCAGAUUGCCAAAUCCAGCGGUUCCUCUGGUCGCGAACGAUAGGCCCUCGAUAGUUUUCGAGCCAUUGUGUAUACUCUAGAAUGGAAAAUAGAAAUUAUUACACAGUUUAUUUUGUU